AUCCGUGCAGUAGUUUUUGAGUUUAUCGCGAAAAGACAGAUAGACGCGUUAGAGGACUUCGCUUUUUAAGUAAGAAUUAGAAAAAAAUAUGGGUUCCCGUAUUCCUGCGUCUCCCAGUGUGCCCCGGGCCAGCCUUAUUACUCUCAUUCGCGAAAGUUUCGGCACACCACCCGCUCACUCCGUGGAGCGUCCGUCACAUGACAAUACUUACUUUAGUUUUAGUCGGUUAAACCAAGCUGUUCCAAUGUGACGUUCGGAAUUCCACUAGCUUUAUAGCUGAGACAAGACCAUGGGAGCCAAGCGAGGCACACAGUCUACACUUGCUCCAGAGUUUUGUGCGCCACUUCUGCUACUCUGCUGGCUCUGUUGUUGGAACGACGACACUAAUUCUGACUCGUCUAGCACAGGCAAGCCUGCUCGCAAGGAGGCCGGCCAUGAUUCAGGAUCCCACCGUCGCGCCAGUGAGUUUUUCAGCCGAAGAUUUGGCAGCAGCGCAGUUUCACUGCAUCUGCCGGGUACCUCAGGAAGCACCAAGCGACCUUUAUCAGCACACCGAAGCCAUGAAGAGAUCCCAAAUAGAAGGAAAUCUCACCACGAAAUCCCUAACGUAGAAGCACGCUACCACUCCGCCCCUAGCGUUAUCGACGAAGUCAUACAUCGGCGAGACUGGGACAGAUCAGCUCGAGAUCUGCACAUACCAUUAAAUCCUGACUCUGAAGUGUGUCUUUCAGACAUUAGCCUCACACCAGAAAGAGUUCCAAAAGCCGAGCCAGAACUAUCGUCAAACGAAGUCAUCAAUGACCAAAAACCUUGCAAGAAACACUAUACCAAUAUUAAAUCUUCUAAAAAGAUAAAAGAGAGUAAGGAUGAUGAUAAAGACACUGACGCAACAGAAAUUGAAGUAUCAAAUUUCUAUAUAGGCGAAACUAAAGAAGAUGAUGCGUUACUAAGUAAAACUCCUGUAGGAGAUGAUAUUGAAUAUGGAAAGUUAGUAGCCGAGGAGCGAAAUAAAUCAGUUUAUAAAGCGAAAGAAGCAAAGCAGUCUUUGAAUGAAUCGAUUCGGUCUAAAGAUAAGCAGAAGCCUUCAUUAGUGCCGUUGGAAGAAGGGCAGACGUCCAACGUGUUUACGUACUGGUUGGAUGAGGAUAUAGAUCAGAUUGAUAGGUCUGGAGCAGUACAUCAUACUGUUGAGUCUCGAAUGAGCAUUGGAAGACCAUAUCCACCUCCUUCAGUAGAAGUGGUUGGCUAUGAAGGCGGCGCCUGCUACUUGGCAGAAGUGGGAGUACUGUCGGAGCUUCACUCCCGUCCAGUCAGCAGCGGCACGCUGCGCGCGCGCCACGCCAGCGACGGGGACAUACUCGCUCCGCCUGUGAGGCCGGAGUCUGGAGCUUUCUCAGAGAGCGACCUAGACCUCGAGUUGGAGGAGUGUGAGGAGCGUCCACCGGAAUACCACGAAGUCCAACACUGCUCUGUCCCAGACCAUAAAGAAACUGCUAUAUAAAAACCCUUCAUUCUCAUUGCCUAGCAAAAUGUUAGAUAAAGAAACUCUGUUUCUCUCUCUCUUAGCUUCGCGUGUUCCCGGUCGCAUUCAAAUUUAAAGCCGAGCCGGCAAAAAAAAUAAACCUUAUUUGAAGAUUAGGCUGUGAUUUUACAACGCAUGUCUGACCCUCUUCGGAAAUGCUAUUGUUGCUUAACAGCUGCCAAGGCUGUCUCUUAAACACGUUCUAUAUUCAUGACAGGACAUGGAGUGUCGUACUAAUCGUCGAAUCAUACGGCACUCUUUUCAUUAGAUGAAAAAACUUGAAAAAGAAAAUUAAUAGAAUGUAGUAAUUUAGGUAGCUACCCAUGCGUGCCCAUGUUUCUGCCAUUCUGGAGCCAUAAUGCAGAGGUUAUCCAAAGCCUAUCUAACCAAUUAGACUUCGGUUCAUUUUUCUCUUCCUUCCGUAUAAUUUAAAAUGUGCGUGUGGUCUGAGUGCCCACUUCUUGAAAUUCUAUGAACAUCAAACAUAUGCUUGGGAUUUAAGAAACAUUCGAAAGCAAUUGUGAAGAUAACUUCGCCACUCCUUGUCCCGAUUCAAUUUUUGUCGAGUCUCCUCGUACGUACCUGUCUGUCUGAAACUCUGCUCCGGGUUGUUAUGGGGUUUAUAUUUUGCUUCUGAAUCUCUUUUUGUAUAAUGGAACGUGUAAUUCAAACAUCUAUUGAAAUAUAACAAUAAACGUCGGAUCUUUCGUUAGAAAAACAUUAUAGAUUGAACAUUUCUUCAAAAUAAGUCAUGUGUUCGAUAUUCCAAAUGCCAAACCACAUCAUUUAAUUAUCACCCAUCUGUUAGGGGUUGAAAAUAUUUAUUAUAUUCUUCUUCAUAUUGACAGUUUUGAAACGUCACAAAUUUAGGUUACAUAUACUACAUUAAAUUUUUAACCCCGACGACAGUAGGAGUUUCAGUUUAGUUAGAGUUAUGCUAUAAGUUUCACGUAGAGUUAUAAGUUUAACAUGUCUGUGUAUCUGUAUAUCUGUCCGUGGUAUCGCAGCAGCCAAAUUGGUGAACCAAUUUUAAUAUAUAUUUUUUUAUUUGAAAGAGAAUUUUAAUCCUCUAUAUUUGGAAAAUUUGUGUUCAGCCGUUUGGAAACCUAUUUCAAAAAAAAAAAUUCAAAAUUCUUUAUUCAAUUUAGGAUGAUAUACAUCACUUAUUGACGUCAAAAAACUUAAACUAAGUCUACUGCCGACUUCCAAAGCGCAGGUGAAGAAGAAGCGGCGCAACAAACUUCACCGCAGCUUUUUCUCCAAGGACGUCAAUUAACAAAUAUAGGUCUUAUACAUAUAUUAAAAAUUAGGAGAACGAAUUUACAUAAUUAUUAAAAAUGUCAUAAAUCAAUUACAUAUGUUAUGAGGAUACUGCACCAUGCUUGGGCCAAACAUUAUUGUCGUUCACAUAAUCAUCAGACUUGUAAUAUUAUA